AUCUCGAGCACAAAUCUCUAAUUCAAAUCGAUCGAGCCUAAUUAUGAGCGAAAGUGAUAUCGGUUGCCUUCGGAGUCGGUUGUUGCGAAUGCGAAGACAGCGUCACGCGGCUAAACCACGUCGUUAGAGAGGGCCCACUAGAACCUCUGACAUCACAGGCCUCUUUCUUUCUUUCUGCAAGAUUCGGUCGCCACUCGCCACAUUCAUCACACGUGUGUUCCACAUACCGAACAGAACAUGUUCUAUAAUCCAGAAAAGAAAAUCCGUCACCGGCUCUUCUUCUUCGGCACCGGACCUUGAUGCUGCCUCAAUCAGUCUCUCCGAGCCCUCCCUUUGGCGGUCCAAACACUUCUUCUGCCAACCCCAACACCGCUCAGGCCAGCAAAGACCGUAAUAUGGCUUCGGCCGAGCAGUUGGUGUUCGAUUUAAGCAAUCCUGAUCUUAGGGAAAAUGCUCUGCAUGAACUUUCGAAGAAGAGAGAAAUAUUUCAAGAUUUGGCUCCAUUGCUGUGGAGCACACCUGGUGCUAUUGCUGCACUCUUACAGGAGAUAGUCUCCAUAUAUCCUGUUUUGUCACCACCAACCCUUACUCCAGCUGCAUCAAACCGAGUUUGCAAUGCACUUGCUCUUCUUCAGUGUGUGGCUUCUCACCCAGAUACGAGGACCCUAUUCCUGAAUGCACACAUUCCUUUGUACCUGUACCCAUUCCUCAACACUACAAGCAAGACAAGACCUUUUGAAUAUUUGAGGCUUACGAGCUUGGGUGUCAUUGGUGCUCUUGUAAAGGUUGAUGAUACAGAAGUUAUCAGUUUUCUUCUUUCAACUGAAAUAAUUCCUUUGUGUCUGCGAACCAUGGAGAUGGGUAGUGAACUUUCAAAAACAGUUGCUACAUUUAUUGUUCAAAAAAUUCUAUUGGAUGAAGUGGGAUUGCGUUAUAUUUGUGCUACAGCAGAGCGUUUUUUCGCAGUGGCUCGUGUGUUGGGAGCCAUGGUUAACUCACUCACUGAGCAACCUUCAUCCAGGCUGCUAAAACAUAUUAUUCGGUGUUACCUUAGGUUGACGGAUAAUCCAAGGGCGUGUGAAGCACUAAAAACUUGCCUUCCCGAAAUAUUAAGAGAUGCAACCUUCAGCAGUUGCCUUCGUGAAGAUCCAACUACCAAGCGGUGGCUGCAGCAGCUGAUUAAUAAUGUAGCAUUAGGAAACCGGGUUGCAGCAUUUCAGGUUGGGGGAGGACUUGAGCAUAUUCUAGGAAGCUAGGCAAGGUUAUUAUCAGCCAUUCUCCAACUGCAUUGGUUUGCUUCUGGCGGGACUCACGUGUUAUCUAUAGGCAAGUAAGUACCAGUACCACUGGAAGAUAUCUAAUAAUCAUGUCUAUCUAUGUAUCUAUGUAUGGAUAAACUGGCAUUAGCCAAUGCGAUGCACGGGGUGGUGUUGUGAAGGGUUUACUUUUUUCAGAAUGGAAGAUGAAAGGAAACAAUUAAAAUUUACAAUCUUGUAAAAGAUCAUUUCUGAUCAUCUCGUUUA